UAGAGAUUUGAUAGCUGAUAGAUCUAUCCUAGCACUAGCACACAUAGACCAGACACAAUAAAAUACUUAAAUUAAAAUGUUAAAUAAGAUCUAGAUCUAGAUGUCUAAAUGAUUUGAUAAUAGCUGAAUAAUAAACCGAAAUCAACGGCUAAAUAUAUUAAUCCAGGCCAGAAAUUAACUUAAACAGCAGUGUUUGCGAGCAGGAUUUGCUACAGCCAUCCGUACCCUACACACAAGGCUCAAAAAUUCUCUUCCUAUCAAUUUUCAAUUUUGUUAAAAACAUGCCAAGAAUAACACGGUCUUCCAAGAAUUUUGAGCAGUUAAUUCCAAUUGAUAAAACUGUAUGCCCUGUUCAGGCUUCUAAUUUUAGUUCUGUGAAAUGUUCAAAAAGAAAGCCAUCUCUUUCAAAAAGUAAAGCCAUAGCUUGUGAUCAUUCGCUGACCCAUGUAGAAAACACAGACAAGUUUGCACAUUGCAGUACCUCUUCCUUAUCACCGGGGAAUGAAACUAUUCAACUUGAUAAUACAGCAGGAACUUGCAACUCGAAUAUAAAUACUGAUAGAUCUAAUAAUGUUACACAACUUGAAAUUAAACGACGAAAAUUAAUAAACCAUAUAAAAAUAGAACCAGAAUUAUUAAACGUCAGUGAAAGUUCUUCCAAACUUAAGCAGAGCACUGGAGUUAUAACUAAUAAUAAAGACAUUUCAUAUUGUGAUGUUAAACUGGAAAGAAAUAUUCUUGAAGGCAGUGAACAAAAAUAUGAGCUGGAAAUUGAAAAAAAGGAAAUUCUUGACUCAAGCCUGGAGGGAAAGACUUGGCAGCCAUCAUUAUGGCAAAAACAGUAUUCAAAUAUAGUUGAGAUGAGGAAGCUAAGAGAUGCCCCUGUUGAUGUCAUGGGUUGUGAUGUUAUCAGUGAUAAAAAUGCUGACCCGAAGACUUAUCGCUAUCAAGUACUGCUGUCUCUAAUGUUAUCAAGCCAAACCAAAGACCAGGUUACAUCAGCAGCAAUGAGUCGCCUCAGAGAACAUGGCUGUAACCUGAAUAAUAUCUUGAGUACAUCAGAUGAGUUACUUGGAAAACUAAUAUACCCUGUUGGUUUUUGGAAGAAAAAAGUCAAUUAUAUUAAACAAACUUCAGAAAUACUUGCUUCUAAGUAUGGAGGUGACAUACCCGAUACAGUCAAGGACCUAUGUAGCUUACCUGGAGUUGGGCCAAAGAUGGCACACCUUGUCAUGAAAACAGGCUGGAACACAGUAACUGGAAUAGGUGUCGACACACAUGUUCACCGUAUUUCUAACAGGCUAGAAUGGGUAAAAAAGCCAACUAAGGAUCCUGAGGACACAAGGAAAGCACUAGAAGACUGGCUUCCAAAGGACUAUUGGGUGGAGAUAAAUCAUCUGUUAGUUGGUUUUGGACAACAAGUGUGUCUUCCUGUCAAGCCAAAGUGUAGCAGUUGCUUGAAUAGACUGAUCUGCCCUGUUGGUAAAACAUCUGUCAAGUUGAACAGAGAAACAGAUUUUUAAAUCAGAUUGUUAUAUAAAGUGUUCAAAUCAAAUUCUAUUAAAAACCAGUCCAUGCAA